AUGUCAGCUUCAACAUCUUACCAGCCCGUCUUGACGGAAAAGAGCAUCAACCCGCACGUGCUCAACGUCGAGUACGCUGUACGAGGAGAAUUGUCCAAUCGCGCCAACAAAUAUGCAGAGCUGUUGGCUUCGGGGGAUCACGAAAAGGUCAAGAAGGAGAAUGGCAUUCGCUUCGAUAGCGUCGUCACCGCCAACAUCGGUAAUCCGCAACAGCAACCUUACCUAGCGCAGAAGCCCCUGACGUUCUGGAGACAGGUUGCGGCAUUGACCGAGUACCCCGACCUGCUGCAGAACAAAUCCGGCACUUUGUCAGAUCUCUUUCCCUCCGAUGCCCGAGCUCGUGCUGAGCAGAUCCUACGCGAUGUUGGCAGUGUUGGAGCAUACUCUCACAGCAAGGGGGCAUCGAGCAUCCGCAAGCACGUCGCGCAGUACAUCGAAGGUGCGUAG